AUGUAUAUGUGUAAGGUUUUAAGUGUAUUCUGUUACUUUGUUUUAUAUGUUUUAAUCGCAAAUAAUGUUAAUAUUUCAACUAGAGUUGAGUGUAUAUAUAGAAAUACCAGAUUGACAUGUCUCAAAUCACCGCUCUCUUUCAUUCCUUCUAAUUUACAAAGAAAAUCUUUAAAUCGAAAGUCACAGCCACUUAAGGUUACGAGGGUGUUAUCAAGACUGAAGGAUGAUCUGAGCAUCGAUCCGGAAAAUUUAAACCUCUCUGGAAACGAAAAUGACUAUAAAUCAGUGUCUGAAAGAAUGGAAAAAGAAAAUGCAGUAUAUAUAGACAACACAGAUCAUAUGUCCGAAUUAACAGAAGGUGUAGAAUCGUCGGACGAUAACAAAUAUUUCGACUGGGAUUCAAUAACUAAAACAACAGAAACCGAAGGUUCUGAAAAGAGUCUGGAAGAAAAUAAGGAGUAUGAGAAUGAGGAGAUUAAAACAGUGACCACCAACGUGGACGGUAAAUCGACAGAGGAUAUAGAAAGAGGAGAAAGGCCGGCACUGUACGGUUCAGGGUUAAAUACCGAGUUGAACGUGGAAGAAUACGAAAUAGGAGUGUCAAACGGUAGAAUCAACGAGUGGCCAGUGGAAUGGGCGCCAGGGAAGAAGGUGCUCUCGUUCUUCCCAAUACUGAUCGACCAGUACUCGCUGAACCCGAACCCGCUGCAGCUGGGAUUUGAAGACUCUAUUAGAUUUAGAGGAAAGCACGUGGAAAGCAUAUUUAACUCAAUAAUAGAUAAGCUGGGAGAAAAGGAAGUAUACGGAUUGUGCUUUUUAAGUCCAGAGUCGUUGCAACUGGCACCACUGGCAGUGUACGCAGAACUAAUAUCGAAGAAGGUAGUAGUAGACGGAUCAGGAGAGAACCUGAUAGUGACAGGAAGAGUGCUAGGAAGAGUGCUGAUCAACAGAGUGGUGCUGGAAGAGCCGUUCAUAAAGGCACUGGUGUCACCGUACGAAGACGAGCCGGUGUUGAAGGAACCAGAAAACGUGCCAAAACUAGUGGACGAAAUAGUUAACCUGUACGAAACGUGCAACACAGCAGAAGCAGAAAUCAUGCAACUGCUGGAGCAGCCUUACGCACACACGAGAGUGAAGAACAGAAGUAAGCUCUUCGACGUCAUCGACGACAGGCUGAACAAGUUCAACAUCGAAAACACAAUCAACCAGGGAUUCGCACAAAUAGCAGCAUACGCAGCAUUCGACUACCACCUUAACGCGUCGGAAAGGUACGACGCACUGGCAAUGCAGAACACAGAGGAUAGGCUGCGCUUCGUGAGAGACACGCUGAAGUUCAAGGGGAAGCAGCUGAGCAUAGUUAAAAACUCGCCGAAAGAGAGGCUGACGGACCUGGUGAAGCAGCUGAAAAACUUCCAAAACAACAGAGACUCAAUAUAUAACUUCCAAGACCAGAACGAAGUGUCAGCGAAAACAAAGGAAGACGUAGCAGUGGGAAACAACCAGCCGGCAGAAGAGCCAAAGUAA